CUCCAUUUGUGACCCCCGGUCCUUGUUUCUCUUUUCAGGUCGAAAAAGUCCCUUUUGUCGACAUUGUCAAUAGCGUUAAGAAUUUUGAAUAAUACCUUUUAGAAUUGUGUUCUGAUUUACAGGCCUCUCUGGUGCCCUCUAGUGUGUCACUGCAGGAAAACAACCUGCACAAUUAAUUUCUCUGCAGCAGCAGCUGACACCGCAUCCAAAUGCGAAGACAUUGUGCCUGAGUUGGGUGGAUCACCACUGUUUUCUUACGAUAUGUAGUAAAGAAGCCUUUUUGCUUCUCCCUAUGGCUCUUUGAGAAUGCGAUUUCCGAGCUCCAUCUUCGUGUCUGUCUCCCUCUUUACUGCAGAGACGACAGCAGCCUUGUAUCUGAGCAGCACGUACAGAUCUGGGGGGGACAAGAUCUGGCAAGGGCUGACUCUCCUCUUCGCGCUGGUGCCAUCAGUGCUGGUACAGUUUACCCUGACGUUCAUUCACAGGGACUUGAGCAGGGAUAGACCUCUCGUUCUGCUGCUGCAUAUUUUACAGCUGGGACCCUUUGUCAGGUGUUUGGAAGCUUUUUUCAUCUAUGGCUAUGCUAGUAGUAUUGAAGAGCCAUAUGUCAGUAUUACAAGGAAAAGGCAGAUGCCCAAGGAUGGCCUUACAGAAGAGACUGAAAAAGAAGUGGGUCAGGCAGAGGGCAAGCUGUUCACACAUCGGGCUGCUUUCGCCAGGACAUCAGUGAUCCAAGCCUUCCUGGGCUCUGCCCCCCAGCUCACUCUGCAGCUGUACAUCUGUGUGCUGCAGCAGUACAUUUCAGUCGGACGAGGUACAUUGAUGAUCGUUUCCCUGCUGUCUAUAGUGUAUGGUGCCCUACGUUGCAACAUUCUUGCCAUAAAGAUCAAGUAUGAUGAUUACGAAGUUGAGGUGAAGCCGGCAGCGUAUCUGUGCAUAUUCCUGUGGAGAAGUUUUGAGAUUGCCACCAGAGUUGUGGUCCUGGUCCUGUUCAGUUCAGUACUCCAGAUAUGGAUCCUCCCAGUGGUGCUCUUGAACUUCUUCAUCUUCUUCUUCUAUCCUUGGAUACUGUUCUGGCAAAGUAAAUCCCCUUUCCCGGAAAACAUUGAGAAAACGCUGACAAGAGUGGGCACCACCAUCGUGCUGUGCCUUCUUACGUUUCUCUACGCCGGUAUCAACAUGUUUUGCUGGUCAGCAGUCCAGCUGAAACUCAGUGACCCUGACUUAAUCAACAAGUCCCAGAACUGGUACCUGGUGGCGGUGUAUUACAUGCUGAGGUUUAUAGAGAACGCCACUCUCAUUCUGCUGUGGUAUGUAUUUCAGACUGAUGUCUACCAGUAUGUAUGCACUCCUUUGCUUGUUCUGCAGCUGCUGAUUGGAUACUCCAUAGCCAUCUUUUUCAUGCUUGUGUUCUACCAGUUCUGCCACCCCUGUAAAAAGCUGUUCUCCUCCAGCAUUACACAAGGACUGUGGGCAUGCUCUCACAUCUUUUGUCUGCUCUGCAAGCCACGGUUGCCGCCGUCUAGCACUGCUGACUUUGCAAACGAUACACUGAAUGAGUCCCAGAAUGGGAAAACCAGUCAGAGCUUGUCUGUUAAUCCUUAAACACACAAGUCCAAUUCUCAUUUAGAAAUGGCCAAUUUGGAAAGCAAACUAAAUUACUUCAUAAGAUGAAUACAAUAACGGCUACGAAUAUUGCGUCACCUUGCAUUUUCAGACACUUUAUCACCAAAACAAGUUUUUACUUUCGAAGAUGAAUUGAUUAACACCAAUGAGAAGAAAUCAACGAUAUAACAAUACUUCACUAUAUAUUUAUUUUACCCCAGUCACACACUGUGACCUAUAGUACAUUCCCAGUUUACUUUGGAACCUCCAACAUCAAGUUAAAUCCCGUCUCAAUAACCAGUUACUUUCCCUGAUGAUCUAGUCACUCAGGUACUGUGCAGUUUGCAGUUCAACCUUGACAUUGCUGAACACAAAAUGAACCCCAGGAAGCACUAAUGGUUCUCAAGAGGAAACUUCUGAAAAUUGAACUAUAUCUGGCUACCAAAAAUAUGUAUAAAAAGACAUUUUUGCCUUGAUCUGCGGCGUUGGAGGUGUAUGGCUUCACAGGUUUAACAGGAUCCAAAUGAAAUAAUCAUCUAUAUAAAACAGUAGCUUGAUAUGGAAGAUGUAAAGUAACUUACUAUGUAUGAACACUACUGUGAUAUAUACAUAGGGCUUCUGAUUUUCGGUUUUAACCGAUAAAACCCGAUAAAACACCCCCCAAUACCAAAUAAAAAAUUGAAUCGGUGGAUAGCCAAUAAACACCGGAAAACACCGGAAAAACUGUGGAAAUGGUUAAUCAAUUCACGCUGACUUUACCCUUUUCACAUUUAAAAAAAUAAAACCUACUACAAAAAUAAUAAUAAAUACAUUUCCCAGGGCUGCUGGGCAAUGUCCCACAGCACCGAUGUUUGGAUGUUAUAUAACAUGUUUCAUUUCAUGAUGCUUAUGUGGUAAGUAAUUAUUUAAAAGUAAAUGUAUUUAUGAAUGAAUUCAUGAUUUUUUGGUCAUGCUCAACUUUUGUCUUAAUGAUGUCUAUGAAGUAUAUCAAUAACAUACCCUGUCACAGCUGUAAAUACUAGAGCUGCCAGUAUCAUGAUAGGUUACUGUCUGAAAUAUUGUGCUUGAUCCAUUUUAUGUCACACAUGAGGAAAGACAAAUACCUCCUCAUUGAUCACUAUGGGUGGUGGGGUUGUAAUGUUAGUAAAUGGGCCAGUAAAUCAAUGCAACAUCUACAAAAAAAUAAGGUCCUUUGACUUUUGUCCAUAAUAAGUUCAUCUUCAAAUUACCAGCGUGGCUCUCAGGGAUGCGGGUAUCCGUGUCCUUCACACACUUCUGGUUUCUCAGAAGUGGGACUCCAGGCUGGUUCACGCUUCUGUCACAGAUGAAUGUGAUACGUCAGGCGCAGACAGCUAUAAAAGCUGCACUCCGACCAUGCAGACCCACCGCAGAUAUAUAUAUAUUUUUUUCAUACAGCUGCGUUGUGUGAGGUGCAAGCUUCAGCAUGUUGGCAUGCUCUUAGUCAUACUCUCAAGUGGUAGUUCCUGCUGUGGAUAACUGGAAAACAUGGACCCCAGUAUGUCUUAGAUCAGAGCAGACUGAAGAACUAAACACACUACUAAGUUGCUCCCCUUUCACUUGACCUCCUGCAUAAGCAACUGACCCCCUGUGUCUGCUGGUUCUCAUUCUAACUGAGCUCUCAAUUACUUAACUAGACCCUUAAUUGAACUGAUAAUUUGCUUCAUUAGGUCUUUUUAAUUGUUUUCAUCUCUUAAACAGUUGUAGAGUUCAAGUUACUUAUAAAAUGUUACAGCUAACGUGAAAUCUACAACAGUUUAUGAGCUGAAAACAAGUAAAAAGGGAUCACUAGAGCUGGAUCAUGAGAUGGUGUUUUACUAGGAGGAUCUGGAUCGGUCUCCACUGAUCCUUAAUGUUGAUCCAAUCCUGAAGCUCUACCCAAUUUAACUAGGGAAACUGACCAAUGAGAAGUGAACAUACGUGGUGCAUAGUUUAAAUGCCCCGGCUGACAAAUUUGUAUACAGCCUGAGCUCACAGUAUUGUUGGGGGGAAAAUAGCAAACGAAUGGACAAAGAUAGAGGAGGAUGCACUAGGUUGAUGUAUCCAAAACACAGGGAAAUGGUUUAUGUUUGUAAUUCACCAUAGCUUGUGUUGUUUACUAAUGUUAUCACACUGAGGUUUCUGUCUACUUACAGUGUAACCAUCUCAUUUCAAGUAAAAACAACUUAAAACAGCAAAAUGACCUUUGCAAAUAAAUAUAGACAUCAAUAACAACUAAAUUCAUUACCACUUUUUACACAAUUAUAGCAAAUUAAUGAUGAUAUAUUACAGAUUCUAAAUUAUUCUGCAUGUUUAAAUUAUUAUUAUUAUUAUUUAUUUCUUAGCAGACGCCCUUAUCCAGGGCGACUUACAAUUGUUACAACAUAUCACAUUAUACAUUAUUUCACAUUAUACAGAUAUCACAUUAUUUUUUACAUACAAUUACCCAUUUAUACAGUUGGGUUUUUACUGGAGCAAUCUAGGUAAAGUACCUUACUCAAGGGUACAACAGCAGUGUCCCCCACUGGGGAUUGAACCCACAACCCUCCGGUCAAGAGUCCACAGCCCUAACCACUACUCCACACUGCUGCCUAAAUACAUCGCACAAACUCUCGCAUCUCUAUUUAUCAAUGUUCCAAGAAAUCUGUCACAUUUUACCAAACAUUUUUAAAUUAAUAAAUAAACAAUUACCAUAACGAACAUUAUCACGUUCAUCGUAGUAAAGUUGAGUUCUUACCUGUAAACAGGAACACCUUUAAAGUUUGAAACUCACUGUCUGGAGCUUGGUGUUUAUUUACAUUAUCAUCGAUACACAGCGGUUUGAGGUUCAAGCUACAAGCGCAUAUGCAUAUUAUAAGUGGAUGGAAGUUGAACAAAACUUUUUAAAAAACACCCUUUUCUUAUGCCAACACAUCAUAUUAGCAUCAUUUUAAUAGCAAAACUGUAUUUAUCUUAUCUAAUUGUGGGGAAACCCUCAACGUUUCUAGAAAUAUAUUUCAAGCGCAAUCCUCAUCCCUCUCAUUAAAUCUGGAUUGUGCCACAGUCUCUCUAGCGCUCUACUCUGUCUCGGGGGCUUUAUCCUGGAUCCAGACCCGAUCUAAGUGGCGCGUCGUGCUCUUCGAAACUGAAAGUCAUGGCUUCGUAAUUCCAUGACUCAGAAGUGACUGAAUGCAGCUAUUUGCCACACGCAUCACUCAUGACAACAUUGUGCCAACAAUUUAUUGUUUUGAAUGAUUUUGCCACGGGAAUGUUUUUGGAUCUUUUAAUUAGACAUACAAAGGAUGCAAUAUUUUGUUAUCAUUGUGUAAAUAACAUUGUAUUAUUUCAGAUAGAAUCAUCUUCAUGGAUGCCCCAGAAACUGCCUCCCAGUCCCAUCCCCCCACUUUUGAAACCAAAGUUACAUCACUGCUAGGAACACAGCGACAUCACUAAGGCAUAAACAACACUAUCGAUUGGAGACAGCCCCUUGUGUGAUUGACAAUGUACAAACAUAGGCUUUAAAAAUUUAAAUUGCCAAAUGAACUUGAAAGUUCAAUUGCCAUAUAAAAUUGAAAGUUUAAUUGGCAAACAGCUAAUUUACGAUUUAACUUAAGAAUUGACAAAUUAACUUACAAAUUAUUUUAUAAAUUUAAGAAUUAAUUUAUAAAUUUAAAAAUUAAUUUAUAAAUAAGAAUUAAUUUAUGAAUUAACUUAACAUCUGCCAACUGCUUCAGGCUGACCUGGAAGGAGAGAUGCGGAGAGCACACUGUUUGCUUGUAGCACUAAGGUACGCGUAACCAACACAGAAUAAGCACUUCUACGUAAAUCGUAAGGAGACCUAUUCUGUCAACGUGCAAGUAGUGUGUGAUCUGUGAUGCAAACAACUACGUCACAAAUGUGUAUGUAAACUAUCGUUGCUCUACUCAUGACUUGUUUAUCCUCACUAAUUUGCGUUUCAGCGGUAUGACAGUCUGAAAGGCUGGUUGAUAGAGGACAACGGGUAUGUGAAGCGUUGGCUGCUCAACCCCACAACCCCUGCCGAAGGUAUAAUCGUACCUUUAAAUGUGCUCGUACUGUAAUUGAGCAACCAUUUGGAAUCCUCAGAACGUGAUUCCGGUGUUUGGAAGUCUGUGGCGGAACACUUACAGUACACUCCUCAGAAGAAGGUUAGCAAUAUCAUCCUGUCUUGUGUUUUCUCCGAGUAGAUUGGUUCCCUUAAAUAAAAAGGGAACCAAUCUACUCAGAGAAAAGAUCCUCGAGGAGGUUCAGAAGCAUUUAAACUAGAAAGGAAGGAGGGAGAAAUCAACAAAAAAACAGAAAGGAGACUACAUCAAAACAAGCCAUUAAAUGUAUUUAUCUAAAUACUAGAAGUCUCAGAAACAAAAUGUUAGAACUUGAAGCUACUGCACUAACAGGUAAC